AUGGCAAAACGAACGUGGUCCGACUCAAACCCUGCUGGAAUCAACGCUGAUGCGACAGCUUCCCCAGCGCCAGCGCGACCAAAUGGCCAUGGAAGGACUUCAUCCGGUCGGCAGAGCAUUUCAGGCAUCAUAUCUACUGAAGCCUCCAUUCCUCAGAUCUCACGCAAGAUCAAGGCAUGUGCAGCGUGUCGGAAACACAAGAUUAAAUGCUUGAUGGAUGAGAGUGGUCCACCCUGUCGAAGAUGUUCUGAGAGAAAUCUGGGUUGUGUGCUGAGCAAAAGUCUCCAAACAAUUAUUGAUGAAAAGUCACAAUUCUCUGAAUCCGUGGUGCAAGAUCUAGAGCAAAUGCACAACGCUCUACGACAAGUCAUGACCAAACUGAGCCUCCCAGAACUUCCCCCCUUACAGAGCAUCAAUUCUCGAGACGAGGGAACACCGCCAAAAGACGACAACCCCUCGCAUACGUCAAAUCAUCUCGCUGUAUCUCAAGACGAAUUCCGAGGCCCCUCAUGCGACAACUCUCCAAAAGCGACCCCUGAAGAUGAGGGUCUCCCAUACGUCCCUAUCCAUUCAUUGUAUACUCUCACCAAACUAAGCGCCCUUCGAUCCCCCGACAACCCAGAAGCGCAACGAGGAAACGUGAUAAAUGACUUUAUCGCCCGCGGGGCUUUAUCAUUAGCAGACGCCGAGAGUCUGUUCGCCUUGUAUCGCGACCGUCUGGAUCGGUACAUGUACGGAAUUGGCUGCCGUUACAUGACGUUAGAGGAGCUGCGACGCAAGAGUCCCAUUCUAUCCGCUGCCACGCUCACAGUGGCUGCUUUGCACGACCCCAAGGCCGACAGCAUCUAUGGGAUCUGCAGCGGUGAAUUUCGACGUCUGAUGGAAAAGUCUAUGUUUGAGCGUCGCAUUGACCGCGAUUAUCUACGCGCCAUGUGCAUUGCUUCUUAUUGGCUUAGUGAUUUGUCUUGGAUGCUCUCGGGGUAUGCUAUUCGACGCGCUGCCGAGUGCAAUCUACAUAACAGCUAUAAUCAGGCUAUCAAGGAGAAGAGCCAAGAGGCGGCGGAUUGUGCUCGGUUAUGGUAUAUCCUAUACAUCUGUGAUCAGCACCUUGCGACUCUAUAUGGACGACCCUCGAUCGUUCAGGAAGAUUCAUCGAUUCAGGGCUGGGAGCAGUUCUUGAAGUCGCCUGUGGCUAACGAGGAGGAUAAGCGUCUUACCGGCCAAGUGAUGUUGGUCAGUAUCUUGCGAAAUAUCCGAGAACUAUUCGGUACAGAUAAAGGGGAGCCUGUUCCUCGGGUAUAUCUGAAUCACAUUCUACAGUUUAGACGGCAGCUUGACCAGUGGUAUACCCGCUGGAUGAAAGAUUUGCCAGAACAAUGGACGCAAAUCGGCUCAUUUCCUCGAAAAGGCACAAUUCUUCACUACAACUUUGCCCAAAUACACCUUUACUCCCACGUUUUCCGUGGUCUCGCAGGCGACGCGCCCAUCCCGCAUUACUUCCUCGACUGCGCUAUGCAAGCCGUGACAGCUGCAACAGCCAUUAUAGACCUAAUAAUCACCGACCCAGACGUUGCCCUUGGUAUCGUCGGGAUGCCCUCAUACAUGCUCUCCAUGACUGCGUUUGCAUGUAUGUUCCUCAUCAAAGUCGCCGUCAAGUAUGGUAGCGAUUUAAUAGAGCGCCAGCGUGUCCACGAUCUCACGACAAGUCUUGUUCGACAGUUUCGCUCGCUCAAGGCAGGCAAGUGGCAUCUUGCGAAUCUGAUGGCUGGAGGAUUGGAGCGCAUGACCGCUACGCUUGCAGCUUCCGAGCUAGGACAGGGCCAGUCGGCUAGUAUGGUGUACAACACGAUGGAGAAUGCGGACAUGGCUGGACAGAUGAUGCCAGGGAACCAGGUGUAUACUGACAUGGACGGCGACACGUUUUUCGACUACGACAUGAGUUUUGGACUGUCGCCUGUGUUUAGGUUCGAUCCUAGUAUGUUUACGGUUGAUGCUUCGGGGCAAUCUAUGCCGACAUAUCCUGAGCCGGAUUAUGGGAUGAGGCCACAGUGA